CUUCGUGAUCGGAGACGAAGAGAAGGAGAAGAGGAGGAGGAGGAGGAGCAAGCAAGGAAACUCUAGAGAUCGAGAGGCGGAGGAGGAGAAGGGGAUAGAUGUGGCUUUUCUACUUGAUCUCGUUGCCGCUGACGAUGGGGAUGGUGGCGGUGACGCUGCGGUACUUCGCCGGGCCGGACGUGCCCCGUUACGUCCUCUUCACCGUGGGGUACGCCUGGUUUUGCUCCCUUUCCAUCAUCAUCCUCGUUCCACCCGACAUCUGGACUACUAUCAUUGGUCAUGAGAAGAGAGGCAUUACAUUCUUUUGGAGUUGGUCGUAUUGGAGUACGUUUUUGCUGACAUGGGCUGUGGUUCCCACUAUUCAGGGUUAUGAAGAUGCUGGGGAUUUCAAUAUGAAAGAACGGCUUAAAACUAGUAUUCGGCAAAACUUGGUCUUUUAUCUAUGUGUUGGAUCCAUCGGGUUUUUUGGACUCAUUUUACUCAUUAUCAUGCGAAGGAAUUGGGGUGACAACAUCUUUGGCUUUGCCAUGGCUUGCUCAAACACCUUUGGACUCGUGACUGGUGCUUUUCUUCUUGGUUUUGGUUUGAGUGAAAUUCCUAAGAGCAUUUGGAGAAAUGCCGAUUGGACCAACCGCCAAAAAGUUCUCUCUCAUAGGGUUGCGAAAAUGGCUGUAAAUCUUGAUGAUGCUCAUCAAGAAUUUUCAAAUGCCAUAGUGGUUGCACAGGCCACAUCUAAUCAGAUGUCAAAGCGUGACCCAUUAAGGCCCUACAUGAAUAUUAUCGAUAACAUGUUGGUCCAAAUGUUUCGAGAAGAUCCAUCUUUCAAGCCAUCUGGCGGUAGAUUGGGUGAAAAUGAUAUGGAUUACGAUACUGAUGAAAAGACAAUGGCCACCCUCAGACGUCAACUUAGGAUAGCUCGAGAGCAGUACUACAGAUACAAAAGUGAAUAUAUGACAUAUGUCAUAGAGGCGCUUGAGCUGGAAGAUACCAUUAAAAACUAUGAACGCCGUGAUUCCACUGGAUGGAAGUAUGUUUCAAGUUUUAGAGAAAGCAGGUCGGGCACUCUAGGAUCAUUUCUUGAUAUGAUAGAGUUGUUAUGGCGGUGUAUACUCAGGAAACAGCUCGAGAAACUAUCUGCUGUGAUCCUCGGUUGCAUGUCAGUUGCCAUCCUUUUGGCCGAAGCUACCCUGUUGCCAAGUGUUGAUUUAUCUUUCUUUUCCAUCCUUAUAAAUGCUGUGGGAAAGCAGGAGAUGCUUGUGCAGAUAGCUGCCUUUGUACCUCUUAUAUACAUGUGUGUUUGUACAUACUAUUCCUUAUUUAAGAUUGGAAUGCUGAUGUUUUAUUCCUUGACUCCAAGGCAAACAAGCUCAGUGAGCUUGCUUAUGAUUUGCUCAAUGGUUGCAAGAUACGCACCACCAGUCUGUUAUAACUUCCUUAAUCUCAUUCGUCUUGGUGGCGAUGCUAAAACUACAUUUGAAGAGAGGAUGGGCAACAUUGAUCAAGCUGUGCCUUUCUUUGGCAAAGGGUUUAACAAAAUUUACCCUCUUAUCAUGGUUAUUUACACCCUUCUGGUUGCAAGCAAUUUCUUUGGUAGAGUAAUUGAGUUUUUUGGAAAAUGGAAGAGAUUCAGAUUCCAAAAUGAGGAAGAAGAUUUGGAUGGAUUUGAUCCAUCUGGAACGGUUAUCCUCCAAAAAGAAAGGACUUGGAUUGAACAAGGACGGAAAGUUGGAGAGCAGGUUAUCCCAUUGGCAAGAAAUUUCAAUAACAUUAAUGAUGAUAUCGAAUCUGGCAAUAUAACAAUGGACAAGGGCAUAAUGGAGAUGAAAGGUGCAACAAAACAAUCAAAAGAUGAUAGAGGGAAUUAUUCAAAAGCUCCGAAAGAAGAGAGCAGUAGUAAAUAUGGUACUAACAGAGAGACCAUGGCAAACAAGUACGCUGCAAUACGAGAACAACAAAGCAGAAAGGCAUCCUCCACUGAAUCAAAAGACGAGAUUUCACCUGUUUCGGUCUCUCUGCUCGAGCCAGACGAAUCUCAAAAGCCGUCAACUGGCAAAGUAGGCGGCUCACCUGCGGCACUAGCCUCAGCAUGGGCAUCAAUGAAGACCAGCUUCCAAAAUGUAAAGGCCAACAUCGGUGCAAAGAAAUUCCUUCCUUUGCGCCAGGCUCAGGCUCAGGCCCAGGCUCAGAAUAAUGAUCUCCACACCCGCAAUGACUCAUCUGAAUCCCUUGAUGAAAUAUUUCAAAGAUUGAAACAACGACCAAACCGGGACCAGAAAAUCGAGUUUGACUUCGAUGAUGACGUUGACAGUAGUAGGAUGUAAGUUCUUCAACAAAUAAUACUAGACAAAUCUUCCAGACAAGCUUUUACAGAUUUUUGGAGGCUUCCUGGCAUGAGUACUACACAUUUGGAUUCGGUUUUGGUUUAGUGAAACCAUCUGAGAGCUGUACAGAUUUCAUGGGGUUUGCUCAUAAAACUGGAUUCUUAACCCGGCCCUUUUGUGCUGAUCUUAUACGGAAGACGAUCAUGGUGUUAUUAUAAGGAAAGCUUGUAUACAUGUUCAGUAAAAACAAACAAACAAGCAAACAAACACUAGGGUUGAGAAGGUUCAAUUGUAUGCUUGUGAUUCUCUGCUACCCAUUUGAUCUUUGAUUAUAGUUUGUUUCUGAGAUUUGUAAGCAUACCUCAUUUUAUCUUUUGAGCUUUAUUAUUACAAUACCAUUUUGCUGGACA